AUGUUAGAUGUUUUACCAUCUUAUCAUUCAUGUCAUAUUAGUGAUGAGAUAUUACACAGUAAACGAAUAUACAUAUCAGGUGUUAAUAAAAAACUUGAUGAAAAACAAUUACAUCUGUAUUUUGAACAAUAUGGUAAAGUUUUAAAUUGUACAAUAUUAGAACAUCAGAAUGAAGCACAAUUUAAUUAUACAAAAUUCAGUUACGUGGAUUUUGAUAAUUGUGAUGGAAACCAUCUCUUGUAG